CACACACACACACACACACACCCUAUUUGAAUCUUUCUCAUAGGAACCUCACUCUCUUCACCUGCAGCCAACAAAAACACCAACAUUCAUUCUGCAACUUGCAGGAUCCAUGCUGAAUGAUUUAUUUGCCAGAUGCCUAUUCACAUCACUUCCGGAUCCAUCUCCCAUUCUGCUGCAGAACCCCCUCCCUGCCCUUUAAUUCUGUGAAGUUGGAGGAGCAGGCGGUGUGCUCCAGUGAUCAGUGAGGAGGGUCUCAGCACAACCUUUAACUGGUUAUAGAGAAGACCCAGCAUGGUGUGAGGAGCAGUCAGUUCUAUUGUUCGCUCUUAACCUGCAGUGCCUUCUCCUCCCACCUCAUCACAGUCCUCCCCCUGCAGCUUUAUUUUCCCCCCUUUAUUUUUUUUUUUUUAUCUUUUAUUUCUCUGAAUUAACUAGUCCAUCCCUAGGGGCUCGGGAUGGCUGACAAGAAGCAACCUGGCCGACAGAAUGAAGGGGAGGAGGUCCCAGCUUUCUUCAAGAACAUGGGUUCAGGGAGUCCCAAACCCAGGCAGAAAUUCUGUGGAAUGUUCUGCCCUGUGGAAGGAUCGUCUGAGAACAAAACCAUAGAUUUUGAUUCUCUGUCGCUGGGGAGAGGGUCUGGUAAAAUCAUUGCCCAGCAGAAGGACGUGGCUGGCACCCAACAGCCAGGUCCCAGAACUGGAGAGACACCAAAUGGAUUCGGGAGGAAGAUAGAAAUCAAGUGCCCACAAGGAAAGGAAGCCCUUCAGUAUCUCAAUGAUAAGAGUGAUCGACUUUUGAUUAAAGGAGGUAAAAUAGUAAAUGAUGACCAGUCUUUCCACGCUGACAUUUAUAUGGAAGAUGGACUAAUUAAGCAGAUCGGUGAGAACCUGAUUGUGCCAGGAGGUGUGAAAACAAUUGAGGCUCAUGGCAGGAUGGUGAUGCCAGGUGGCAUAGAUGUUCAUACCUGCUUCCAGAAGCUCUGUAAUGGAAUGGUUUCAGUUGAUGACUUCUAUCAGGGGACUAGGGCAGCACUGGCUGGAGGAACCACAAUGAUCAUUGAUCGUGUUGUGCCAGAGCCUGGAACCAGCCUACUUAGUGCUUUUGACCAAUGGCGAGAAUGGGCAGACAGCAAAUCCUGCUGUGACUAUUCCUUGCAUGUAGACAUUACUGAAUGGCACAAAGGAGUGCAAGAAGAGAUGGAGGCUCUGGUUAAAGAUCAUGGUAUCAAUUCAUUCUUGGUGUAUAUGGCCUACAAGGACCAGUACCAACUCACUGACUCUCAGAUAUACGAGGUGUUCAGUGUGAUCCGGGACAUUGGAGCUGUAGCACAGGUCCACGCAGAAAAUGGGGAUGUUGUAACUGAGGAGCAACAGCGAAUCCUUGAACAAGGGAUCACUGGCCCUGAGGGACAUGUCUUGAGUCGACCGGAAGAAGUUGAAGCAGAAGCUGUAAACCGCUCUAUCACUAUUGCUAACCAGACCAACUGCCCUCUCUAUGUGACCAAGGUUAUGAGCAAGAGCUCUGCAGAGGUCAUCGCACAGUCCAGGAAGAAAGGCGCUGUGGUCUAUGGAGAACCAAUCACUGCUAGUUUGGGCACUGAUGGCACUCAUUACUGGAGUAAAAACUGGGCCAAGGCAGCAGCCUUUGUCACCUCUCCCCCUCUUAGCCCUGAUCCAAGUACUCCUGAUUUCCUCAACUCUCUGUUGUCCUGCGGUGAUCUACAGGUUAGCGGAAGUGCCCACUGCACCUUUAAUACAGCUCAGAAAGCUGUCGGAAAAGACAAUUUCACACUAAUUCCCGAGGGAACCAAUGGAGCCGAGGAGAGAAUGAGCGUCGUGUGGGACCGAGCUGUGGUAACUGGAAAGAUGGAUGAAAAUCAAUUUGUGGCUGUCACCAGCACUAAUGCUGCCAAGAUCUUUAACUUGUAUCCAAGAAAAGGACGCAUUGCAGUAGGUUCGGAUGCGGAUCUGGUGAUAUGGGACCCCGACAGUGUGAGGACAAUAUCUGCCAAGACACACAACAGUGCAUUGGAGUAUAAUAUCUUUGAAGGAAUGGAGUGUCGAGGAAGUCCUCUUGUGGUGAUAAGCCAGGGCAAAAUUGUACUCGAGGAUGGGAAUCUUCAUACUACUGAGGGAUCAGGACGAUACAUUCCCAGGAAACCUUUUCCAGACUUUGUGUACAAACGAAUCAAGGCCCGGAGCAGGCUUGCUGAGCUGCGCGGAGUCCCACGUGGAUUGUAUGAUGGCCCUGUUUGCGAAGUCUCAGUGACCCCAAAAGCAGUUACACCUGCAUCUUCUGCCAAGACAUCCCCUGCCAAACAACCAGCACAGCCAAUAAGGAACCUGCAUCAGUCAGGAUUCAGCCUGUCAGGAGCCCAGGUUGAUGACAAUAUCCCUCGGCGUACUACACAGCGCAUAGUAGCGCCACCUGGGGGCCGUGCCAACAUCACCAGCCUCGGCUAAUUUCUUCCUCCUCCUUCUUCUACCUCUGCCCCAGGAUUCCGCUCCUUUUUCAAGUUGAAUGAGUCCAAAAGGGUUACCAGUUCCUGACAUUUGUUAUAGUCUUGUGGGGAGUGACUUCUCUAGGAACAAAAAUCAGACUGACAAGGAGACGCUUACUAACAUCUAACAUAUAUAUUUAUAUAUGUUCGUGGUUACAUUCGUACAUAUAUAUUUAUAUUGAAAUGCAGUUAGUUACUCUGACCUAUACAUAACGGUACAUACAGUUAAAGUUAUGUAUCAGUUUGUAUGUUUACAUGUGUGUAAAUAAAUAUAUAUAAAUGCAUAUAUUAAUGUACACACGCACACAAUCUUCUGACUUAUAGUUUGGAGAAUUCAAGAAAGCUGCAAGGUCUGUAUUCCUAGGGCAACUUCAACCCGCUUCCCCAUGUCCUCCCGCUUAACUCCAUACAACUUCUGGAUCCCUUAAUGUCCCCUGGUCCUGCAGAGGAUGGUGACAGUUUAGAUAUGCCAAGGCCUUUCCACAUAACACAUACGUUAUAAAUCAAGUUAACGUUUAAGGCUAAAAUAAUGGGAUUAGAAUGCAUCAUUAGCAAACAAAAAAUAAUCUUAUUUGCACAUAAUUUCCCAAAGAGAGACGUAACAUUCCGUAGAUCUUAUUAAGUUUGAACAGCUGUCCCCAAGUUGUUGAGAUGAGUUUCCAGGUACUAAUUUUUAAUUUUACAGUUUGCUUCACACGUUGGUAAUAGACUAACAAAUAAAGGGAGAAAUGUGGAUGGAAGAUGAGUGCAAGACAUGGCCAGAUCUUUACCAUGUUUUCUACAGCAAUGGCAAACAAGUUGUAACUAUUUAACUCUUAACUGCACUGAAGUCUUCAUAUUGCGUUUAAAUAUCUUCCAUGUUCUUCCAUAUCUGUUCUUGUCUAACAAUGUGUAGUACUCAUUGUGCAUAUCCUACAGCUGCAAAGAAUGUAGCUAAGGUGACUCCUGAAGGCCGAAAUUUCCAGCAGAUGAAGAUGUCAUGGGUUGAAGCAGGAUUAUAAGGGGAUCCCGGUGCUGAUAUUCCAGGGUAGAUGUUACAUUCAACCCAUUUUUAACCUAUUGUGGGAUUUGUGGUUGUGUACCUGAGUGCAGGAGGUGUUGUACUAAUGCUUUUAAAUGUGUGUAGAAUGAAAAUGUGCUCUCUCUUUCUCUCUAUUCCUCUCCGAUGUCUUAAAUAGCAAAGAGAUAAGUCUUGUGUCUUCUUCCCAUAAACACUUUGUGUUCUGAUUUCUUACCACAGAAUCCACUAAUAAACGGUUGUGCUUUCAAACUG